CGACUUCAACAUGGCGGAAGCUGGCAGCGCAGAUCCGUCAACGGCUGAGGAAAAAAGGCCUGUGGUGUCGUCUUCGGAAUCCGUGUCAACCGGCACUACUAUUUCGCGGGUGAAGCUCCUCGAUACCAUGGUGGACACUUUUCUCCAGAAACUGGUCGCUGCCGGGAGCUACCAGAGAUUCACUGACUGUUAUAAGCGCGUCUACCAGUUGCAGCCUGAGAUGACACAGAGAAUCUAUGACAGAUUUAUAACUCAAUUGGAGACGUCUAUCCGGGAGGAAAUUUCAGAAAUUAAAAAAGAAGGGAACCUAGAAGCUGUCUUGAAUUCCUUGGAUAAAAUUGUGGAAGAAGGCAAAAACUGCAAGGAGCCAGCCUGGCGCCCCAGCGGGAUCCCAGAGAAAGACCUGUGCAGCACCAUGGCUCCCUACUUCCUGCAGCAACGAGACACCCUGCAGCGUCAUGUUCAGAAACAGGAGGCCAAGAACAGGGAGCUGGCCAGUGCCAUCCUGGCGGGGCGCAGGCAGGUGGAGGAGCUGCAGCUGCAGGUCCAGGCCCGGCAGCAGGCCUGGCAGGCUCUGCACAGAGAACAGCGGGAACUGGUGGCCGUGCUGAGGGAAUCAGAGUGAGGCGGAGACUGUGGCUGAGAGCAGAGGGCAGUCAAGGUCGAGAGCUGUGGUUCGCACGCCGGGCCUGGGUGGGCUGCUUUUGAGGACAGCUGAAAUGGUGCCAAGCCCCAGGCAGUGAUGGAGGAUCAGGCCAGAGCAAGCCUCACUGUUGCAGUGCCUUUGAGACUCCCCUGGGGUCACACAUUCUACCUUCAGAUUCCUCCCAUCUACCUAGAGGACGGUGGCCAGGCAUGGAGUCAGGUGCCCGGCUCUUUGUCCUCUAGGUGUGGGCCAGCAACACCCCCAGGGCUCUCCAGCAGGUCGCUCUGCACGCCCCUCCCCCCGCCCCCCUCACUUAGGGAGUGUGUUUUCAAUUUCCACUGAUUGUCCCCUUGCUGACCAGCCUAAGGUCUCUUGCCAUGUUCUCCCCACAUCCGUAAAUAAACAUCCUCCACUGCACUGUAAUCUGUGAGGAUGCUUCCUUGCCUGGCGUCUCCUGGGCCAAGACCAAGCUUCAGUCAAGGGCUUGGUCAGUCCAGGCUGGAUGGGGGAUUGUAUGUGACCAUCAUACACCAAGGGUGCAGAGCCCCAUUUUCACAGAAAGUAGGAUAUCUGGGUCCCCCAAGGUCAGGAUGAGCUGUCAAGGGUAUGUCACUCUUCAUCCCACCCUACCCUUCUCUUUGACAUUUGGGUUAAAUGUCCAUGGGGGGGGGGCCCCCAGGAUAGCUGGGCACUUUGUCUUCUUCUUUCUCCACCACCUUGCUCUUCUCUAGCCAGGGCCACCAGGACCAGAGGAAGGGGGAUGGUUUUGGGUGGAGGGCAAAGCUUUUUUCCCUGGUAUGGGCCAUACCCUAACCCCUGGGACAGAGGCUUGAUUGGGCCUGUCUCAGAAGCAUUGGGGACAGAUUGGAAGAUGUCAAGGUGACUCCUGCUUCUACCCCUCCCCCCAUAAACAGCCCAAACUUCAUCUUCCCUCUGCCCUCUGCACUGUGGAGCUGCAGUAUUAAGAAUCCAGACACCUUCAUCCUGUCCAGCCCACCUCAUUGAGUGCUUUGUUUGUCAAGUUGGGCAGAUGGGCUUGAGCCUUGAUGGGUGUGUGAGUGAGGACACAGGUCAGACAGAGGGGAAGGUGCCAGGCCACCUUUCCUCUCCUCCCUAGACUGACUGGAGGCAGUGGCAACUCUCAUGUGUGGGAUGGGGUUUUUCAGGCUGGGACUUUCUGACCCCACAAGACAGGCUUUCCUGGAAGACUGAGGGAGGCAGGUCCCUGCCUGAGGCCGUGAACACUGGAGAUCUGCAUGGGUAGGAGGAGAAUCAGAGGGAAAGGAGCCCAGACGUGCAUUCCAUCUUACACUCCUCACCAGCCCUCCCUGCCAGGGACACAGGGAAGGGGGUCCCUAUCAUAGGACCACCUCCCUGUCCUGUCUUUCAUACCUGGCACUUAUAGCCACCUGGCCUGCCCAGAAAUGGAGAGGCUGUCCUCACACACCAGCCCUGUAUCUGUUGGCUUUGACUCUUGGGCCUGUGCUGCCUGACCCCUUCCGUUCCUGAAGCACAGGGCCCUAACAGUCGAGUUGCCCCACACCACGCCUGCCUUUGAUGUCUGCUGGGUGAAUAAGGGCAUUGCUGGCAUGCCCUCCCUAUGGUUUGGCUCCUGCCUCCAGGGCAGACAGUACAAAUCAUAGGCUGUGAGAGAGCUGGAGCUCUGGAACCUAUUUUAGACCCGAACCCGCCUUCCUCUCCUGGUUCCCCUUAGGUCCCAGCCAGGACUCAAGCUGAGGCUGCAGGUCUCAACGGAAUGGAGAGGGGCUUGGAGAUCUGGGACGGCCCCCAAGGAAAGGGGCCAGGGGUGAUGUCAAGAGCCUGGGAGUCUGAUUGUGACUGCCCUCCUUCAUCACUCCGAGGGCCCAGCCUAGGCAUUUGCAGCUCCAAGCCACAACAUCCUUUGGGGUUUGGCCUAUAGAGCCAGGGCAGAUGACCCCCAAUUAGCCCUGGCAGUUUCCCAUGUGCCCCGCCUGACCAUGUGGGCACAGCCCCUUCGUCUCUGGGGUGGGUAUAAAGAGUGCUGGAGUCUAGAAGAGGCAGACGGGUGCAGUUCCCAGCAGUAGCCCUUGACAGUGCCAACGGACACCAUGAGGGCCCUCACACUGCUUGCCCUGCUGGCCCUGGCUGCACUCUGCCUUGCUGGCCAGGCAGGUAAGUACCCCCACCUCGCCUCCCCUUUUCUU